AUGAAGAUAUUACUUCUAUUUGUGGUGACCAGCUCGUGGCAGAUAUUUGCGGCCACCGGUGCCCCGUUCAAUUCGUACGACACCAUGGACGAUAUGGUGGUCCCCGAAUCGAAGGUGCUCGAUUUCGAUAAUCUGACCGAAAGUGAGCGAAAUGAUUUGCUUCGAAAUCAAAUUAACAUAACGGCGGUCAGGCUGCAACAGCAGCGUCUACGCGAGGCCGCUCAAAAGAACAGGCAAAACACCGGGGCAUCGAUGGAUAUCAGGCAUAGUACCGCCGAAUCCAACACGUCGAGCCACGUGCAGAAUCGAAAAGUCAUUGAAAAGCACAUAAUCGGCAACAUCAAGCACAGCAUCGAGUCCAGCUUGAUGCGCAACGACAGCUUCGGUCCCGUGGGCGCCACUCACGAGAUGGCAUUUUCCGCCGUAUGCGACCUGCCGAAGCACACCAACCAGAGCUUCUGGGAUGACGACUAUACCUGGAAUCUGUUCUUUCGUCUUACCCAUAGUAAGCCUUACACUUCGGUCAGCUCGGCGAUUUUGAGAUUGUACAUGAACGGUGCCGGUAAUUCGACUGAAGGCUGGAAUCGUCGUGACUCCGACAACUGCAAGGACCCAGCCGAGCAGAUGAUUCGAGUAACCGCUUCCGUGUACUGGCGCAAGAAGAGCAAAGAUAAUUUAUCCUCAGAGCGCAAGAAGCGGAUCUGCAGCAGCAUCACCAUCACUCGCAACUUCCGUGGCUGGAUCACACUGGAUACGCUGCUGGCGGUUAAAUUGUGGGACAAACCGAACCGUAAUUUUGGCAUCGCGAUCGACGUUCAAGAUCAGGACGACAACACCCUGCCGGCCGCGCGGUUUUUCUCACCAACCGAUUGCUCCGAGGCAAGUAAAUCAAACGCAACAGCAACCGUACUUCCAUGGAACUUUUUCCGAAGCUCACUCUCAUGGACCUCUCAUGAAAUGGACGAUGUGCCACACGUCCCACGCAUAGAUGUCGUAAUGCACAAGACAUACCCGCAGCGUCCCUACAGCCCCAGACACAAUCCGCACCAUCAUCAUCGUUUGUUCCGCUCUAAGCACCCGUACGGAGGUAACUACAACGUCCGCUACCGGCUGGAUGGUUUACACUCGGCGCCAUCAUCCCUGUCGGCGGCAUCCACCGGAAACUCGUACGAAACGGAAGAGGUCGAAAUCAAGCAGCACCACCCGUCGGUUCACGCGCACCACUCGCUGACCAAGCCGCACAAGAAACGUCACCUGACCCACCAUCGCCACGUCAUGGCCGCGCUCAAUUCGGCGGAAAGCGAAGAAGAUUACUCGGCGUCCGCUUCGCUCGAGGAGCGGAAACUCUGA